AUGAUUGGAUUCAUAUCAUUGGUCAAGUAUUACAUUAUCUAUACAUACAUUGUAUCCAAGGCAUCAACACAAGAGCAACUAUUCUUUGACUUUGGACCAAAGAAGGUGUCCGCAGCUGCCGAUGUUAAUGUUGAGUUCCAAAGGAACAAACUAUAUGAUGUAUAUUUGAAUCUUGUGUUACCAGAGUCUCCACGUAAUGAGGAAAUGGGGAUGUUCAUGGCCUGUCUAGAUCUAGACAACCAAGACAAGUGGAACCCACAGAAACUACUACAUGUUUGUCGACCUGCCGUAUUGAAAUAUAGAUCACCUAUCGUCAAGUUCUUUAGAAGCAUUAUACUAUUGGGUCCAUACUUCCUUGGUUUUGUCGAUGAGAAACAAGAAAUAUCCAUACCAAUGGUAGAGAACUUACUCUCAAAGAAGUUUUACCAAACAGUCUCAGUGAGUGUUAAUCUACUCAAUCCAAACAUCCAAAUCUAUGAAGCCAAUCUAGUAUUCCAAGCUAGACUAUCUGGAUUAGAGUACUACCUCCAUAAUUAUCCAUUGAUGUCAUUCGCAAUUGGGUACACUGCAAUAUUUGUUUUCUGGACUACAUUGUUCGCCUUUGUUGUCACUGCUCUACUAGUGUAUAGAUUUGUGAACAACAAACAACCUUUGGCUAUUGUGGUCAGACCCGAGGCUGACAUUGAACUCAUCCCAAUACCAGCAUCAUCGAAUGGAGGCCGCAAGGACAAGGAAGACGAGAAGAAAGAGUUGUAUAGAGAUUUGGAUGAAGUGUUCAGUUCAUCCAUGAUCAACAACCAGCUACAACAGAAAUAUGCAUGGGAGGACGACAAAGGACCCAGCAGCUUUGAUUCGCAUUUGGUACCAGACAUCAAUGAUGACAACAACAACAACAAUAGCAGCAGCAGCAGCAGUAGCGUGGUGGGAAAUCCCAACAGUGCCAAUCCAACUCCAGACAUUGUUGACAAGAUGGAUAAGUUGGACGACUUGUCGACUACUGAGAUGACAGCUGGUGAUGAGACUACACCUGGAGAUGAGACGACACCUGGUGAGGAGCUUACCCAAGACGCUACCACCAAGAGCACCCUGUCGCUGUCCACCUCUGACUCUGGCUCCACCAAUGCGACCUCGGACGAAACCUCCAAGCUCCUACUCACUCCACACUCAUCCGAUCAAGAGAGCUAUGGAAACACUGGAGUGUUGGGUGGAGAGGAGUGGCAAGUCAUUGGAAUGUUCGAAGAUGAUGUGCCUCAGACAUUAAGGAAGCGUAAUGUUUGA